AUGGUAAGCGAAUCAGCUAUUGUUCGUGGCGCUGCACUGAUAGGACUGCAAGGCAUUCGUCCGAAGACAAGGAGAUUUCGACGACACUAUGGAUUAGCAAGGCGAGUUCUAUUCCGUGAAGGGAUUGAUCCAGAUGACUGUACCGGUCAUUUAUUCGUUCAGCAUUGA